CCAGUGACAUGCUGGAGCUACUCUCGGCGUCCCGUUGCCCUGGUAACAGAAUGUUACUUGUCAGAUACAGAGUGCAGACGGAUUGAAGCAUGGCUUCGGACAAGCUGCAGCUUGAGGUGGUCGGGCGCCUCUCCGAGCCCACUUUCCACAUGGCUAAAUGUGCGGCCGAGGUACUAAAACUUUCAUUUGAUGCAGAGUUUGAAAGACCCAUAAUACACCCACUCUUGGAAUGUGAUUGGGAUCACUACCUAUCAGAAAAGAAAAAGGAACUUAAAGGAGAUACAUGGGAAUUCCCUUCAAGCGUCAUGUGCUUUAUUGAUGGUCAGUUUGUUGGAGAUGAAAAAUCACUGGUGUUGUGGGCCAACACGUCAUGGGGUUACAGAGAUUACCGGCCUUUAGCUUUAUACAAGGCCUUGGCUGACGAUGACUACAUCAAGUACAUGAAAGCCAGAAAGCAUGUUUUUGUGUACCUUGACAUUGACAUACAGGAGAAACCAAUAGGAAGACUACUAUUUGAGUUGUUCUCUGAUAUGUGCCCUAAAACAUGCCAAAACUUCCAAACUUUGUGUACUGGCCAAGCAGGGGAUUCUCCGAAUGGUCUAAAGCUUCAUUACAAAAAUUCUGUCUUCCACCGCUUAGUAAAAAAAGGAUGGAUACAAGGAGGAGAUAUAUUAUCUGGAAAAGGAAACGGGGGUGAAUCUAUCUUUGGAGAAACAUUUGAAGACGAAAAUUAUGCAAUUCCUCACAAUAAACGUGGUAUUCUUGGAAUGGCCAAUAAGGGGCGCCAUACAAAUGGAUCCCAGUUCUACAUCACCCUACAGGCCACUCCAUACUUGGACAGAAAAUCUGUGGCUUUUGGACAACUGAUUGAAGGCAGUGAUGUUCUGCAGAAACUUGAAGACAUCCCAACAUACAAUGAGCGACCAACACUCGAUUGCAGAGUUACAGAUUGUGGCAUCUUUACCCCUUGAACAUCAUGGUUUUAUAAAGUAUAUAUACAUUGGGCCACCUUUAUCUAUAUUAUGUCAUCUUUAGCAUUAUCACAUUUUAUAUAUUUCAUAUCUUUAUAUUUUUUCUUAUAAAUCACAUAUUUUGAUUGGCCUUUCAAAGAAAGACUCACAGGGUAAAAUUUCAAAGGAUGUAAAGGGAAACUAUGGCCUAAGAUAUCAUUUUUUUAAUUUAGAUUUAAUUUUUUAUGAAUUCCCUUCUAGUUGCAAUCCCUUUUCAUGAGUUAGUGCUAUUCAUUGCCAUCCAUCUUCCUUCAUUGACUUGUAAACUAAAGGAGCAACAUCAACCCCAGGCUGCUUUUUGGUACUUAUUUAAGUAAGGGGGAAUAAUUUUGUGCUAUGAAUGUGAGGGUGGAUUCCAUCUAACCAAUGAAUCUAGUUUUGAACUGUUUAACAAAAAAAUGCCAUUAAA